AUGACUUAUAAGCUCACCUGUUGUGAUGAUGGAUCUGGGCUCACUGUUGGAACAUUGAUUAAAUUUGAUAAUGUAACCAUCCUUUUGGAUCCAGGUUGGUUUCCUGGCCUCGUGUCCGUGGAUGACACAGUUAAAUAUUGGUCAAACAUUAUCGCAGACGUUGAUAUAAUCAUACUGUCGCAACCAACGAAGGAGUGUCUUGGAGCGUACAGUCUACUCUAUGUGAACUUUUUGUCUCAUUUUAUAUCCAGAAUCGAAGUUUAUGCUACUCUACCAAUUGCAAACUUGGGCCGAGUAGCUACGAUCGACCUUUACGCAUCUCAGGGUGUAAUUGGCCCGUAUUUGUCCAAUAUAAUGGAUGUAGAUGAUGUUGAAAAGUCUUUCGAUUGCAUAAAGACCCUGAAGUAUUCCCAAGUGGUGGAUUUAAGGUAUAAGUUUGAGGGAUUGACAUUUGUUGCAUACAAUUCUGGUUCCGCUCCUGGAGGAUCCAUAUGGUGUAUCUCUACAUACGUGGAAAAGCUGGUCUAUGUCAAACGUUGGAAUCAUACCAAAAAUAACUUACUGAAUGCUGCAUCGAUUUGGGAUUCAGGUGGGAAACCCAUCUCUGCUCUCUCUAAACCUUCCGCGAUAAUCACCACUUUUGACAAAUUGGGAUCCACCAAGCCUCUAAGAAGACGAACAAAAGAGUUUCGGGACAUCCUGACUCGAAGCUUGCAAAGCAGCGGAUCUCUUUUGAUUCCAGUAGAUAUAGGUGGUGAUUUUCUGAAUCUUUUUGUUUCAGUUCAGAGUAUUUUGCUGACAACACAUAGAGGGUCACGAAAGUAUGGUAAUAUCCCCAUCUUAUUUAUAUCAUACGCCCGAGGCAGGACUUUAACGUACGCAAAAUCGAUGCUGGAAUGGUUCAGUAGCGAAUCAAUGAAAAAUUGGGAAACGAAGGACAACCAAUCCCCAUUCGACAUUGACAAUAGACUCCAUUUUAUAUCACCAAAUGAACUUUCAAAAUACCCAGGAUCCAAAAUUUGUUUGGUGUCGAAUAUGGAUGCGUUAUUGAACGAAACAAUCUUGAAACUUUACAAGACCGAAAAUCUAAAUGUGAUUCUCACGGACGGUUUUGACAGCGACGCCACAAUGAUCUCUACAAUGCUUCAAAAGUGGAACAAAUCCUGUUUAGAUAACUCUAAUAUACUUGAGGGAGAUAUGCUACCAUUCUCGCAAACAGUACCGAUAAAAGUGUGGACAAAACAAGCGUUGAAAUCCGACGCACUAGAUACUUUCAAAAAUCAAAUAGAAAAACGGAGGCUGGAACGAAGUGAAAAAGAAGCAACGUUGAAGAGAGAUGCAAAGACGUCUGCAAAUGGUCCAGCUGCUGAUGCAGCAAUGAACGGAAAUGGAAGUCUAGCUGUUGGUCAGAACGGUAUUGGUAUCAAUGACGACGACGAUGACGACGACGACGAUAAUGACGUUUUAAGUGCUCGCAAGAGUGAUGGUAAAAACAACUCCAAAGGUGCCAAAUUUAUGGAACCCCCCGUUGAUUUAUACCUGAACGAAAAUUCAAAACAGAAAAUGUUUCUCUUCAAUCCAAAACGGGAGAAGAGAGACGAUUACGGCAUAAUGGUAGAUUUUUCAAUGUUUGCGCCAAAGGAUGACGAAAUUGUAGAAACUUCAGAUGUCAAUAUUUCAUCUAAAGAAGUCCCAAGUCACGUCUCAAAGAAAAGACGUAAAAACUCGAAUAAGAAAGAUUUAGAACAACCGAAAGCGGAAAAUUUCGAUAAUAUUGACUACCUCGACACAUUAAAUCAACCUUGUAAGUUAAGGGAGUCGACAAAAGAAAUCCAGUUGAAGUGUUCAUUCACUUAUAUCAACAUGACAUCUCUAUCCGACCAAAGAUCCACUACUGUCAUACUACCCUCUCUAAUGCCAAGGAAGUUGAUAUUAUUAGCGCCAGCAUCAAAACAACCCAAAAACGUCUGUUCAGUUUUUACUAAUAAGAAUAUUGAAGUCCUACUGUUCUUAGCAAAUAAGGAAACGAAGAUCACAACUGUCAUCAAAGCGCUAGAUAUAUCCAUUGAUACCGAACUCGAUCAACUAUUGAGAUGGCAAAGAAUUGGUGGCGAUCAUACUGUUGCCCAUGUUAUUGGUAGACUAGUCAAGACUACAGCAACCACACAUACUAAGGGCAACAAUCCAGAUAGUACGAGAAGCAAGCUCAUCCUCAAACCGCUGGAAAAAAACCCUCUUAAAAUAUCUAGUGGUGGUACAUUGUCCAUUGGUGACGUGCGGCUGGUAGAAUUAAAAAGAAAGCUAACGGAAGAAAACCACGUUGCCGAAUUCAAGGGCGAAGGUACACUUAUAGUGGAUGGUCAAGUUGCAGUAAGGAAAGUUUCCGACGGCGAAACCAUAAUUGAUGGAACCCCAUCUGAUAUAUUUGAUAUUGUGAAAAGCCAUAUUACGGGUAUGCUGGCAAAGAUAUGA